AUGCGCAAUUUUGUAUUUCGAACCUCACUUACACCUGAAACAUUUCGUAAUGAAAAUAAAAUAAAACGGCGCAAAACUCUUAAGAAUUCCCAAGUGCCACACUAUAAAGUUCAGCAAAAACUUCCACUUAAUAUAAGGGUAAAUCAAAGUGCUCCAA